AUGAAGGAAGUAUCUUCUGCUGCGAAACUAGUUCGAAAUUUUAUAACCAAAGGUGAUAAAGGAAGUAAUCAAGCCAAAAUAGCACAACAGCCUAAGAGAAAAAUUUCAAAAAUUGGAGACAAACAAAGUAGGGAGAAUUCAAUGGAAGGGAGAAAUAAAACACUUGUAGACAAUGUUAUGAACCGGUCUUUGAGGUCUUCCCAUAACCAAGUGAGGAGUAAUGUUCAACUAGAAGAACAACCAAUUCCUAAGAAGAUGAAGAGCAAGGCAAAGUGUCCAGCAAUGACUCUUGAUGCCUUUUUGCAUACAGAAGGAGUAGAAGUGGAAAGAGAAGAGGAAGAUAACUUUAAGUCAAUUGGUGAGAAUGCUGGAGCUACUGAAAAAGAACCAGCUAACUUGACAAACUUAAAAAAUAACUUAAAGCGUCCAGCAAUGACUCUUGAUGCUUGUUUGGGUGACCAAGGAAUUCAUGUGGAAAGAGAAGAGGAACAUACUGAAGUUCCAACUACUGAGGAUGCUAGAUCUAGGCCAUCCCCGAAUAAUGGAGAAAAUGUUCAUAUCUCCUCUGAGGAAGAUUAUAUUGGUGAACAUGAAAGUGACAAUUUUGAUGUAGAAGGAGAUCAAGUUAUGGAAGAGGCUCAAGUAGAAGUUAUUUCAAAGGUUAAAAAGACACGUGGAAAAACAAGAUGCCUAAAGAUUCAUGCAAGAACUUGGGAAGAAAGGGAGGAAGUGACUUUUGACCAGGGAGCAACCGUGGGGCCAACUGCUCAAAGAGUGAAGGAUUUAACUAAUUUUAUUGGAACAAUGGGAAGGAAUAGUGAUUUUAUUAUCUUGAUGUACACUAAUUGGAAAGCUGUGCCUAAGCAAAUCAAAAAGCGCAUUUGGAAGUAUAUUAAUUCAAAGUUCAUUCUUCCAAAAUCUUCAAAGUUAUGGGUGAUGAUUGGUGUUCAAGGAGCAUGGAAGCGUUACAAAACAAGAAUAAAAAAGAAGCAUUUUGAACCAUAUUCUGGAAAUAUUGAGGAUAUGUUGGUGAAUCGUCCUUUGGAAAUUUUAGAAUACAAUUUCAGAAGCUAA